AUGGACGCAAUUGACGAAGUUCGACGUUAUUUAGUACUGAGCAUAGAUCGAAUUACUUUUCCAAAUGUUGUCGUAGUUGGCGAUCAAUCAAGUGGUAAAUCAACAUUAUUAGAAGCAUUAUCAUUAGUUGAACUUCCAAAAGGUAAUGGAAUAGUCACUCGAUGUCCAUUAAUAUUAAGAUUACGCCACUCUGAUGAACGAAAGGUGUAUCGUUUCUUUGAUAAAGAUCGAAAGAUUCUAUUGGAUGAAACAAACUUAAAUAUGUCACAAUACAUUGAACAAGAGACUAAGACAUUAGCUGGCAAUCAAAAGAAUGCUGUGCAAGACUUCAUCGAAUUAGAAAUUGAAAAUCCUCAUAUGCGUGAUCUAACAGUUGUCGAUUUACCUGGUAUAAUACGAAAUCCCUUAGAAGAUCAACCAGCUAAUAUCCAUGAACAAACAAAAGAUUUAAUUAAUAAAUAUAUUAGUGAAGAAGGUUAUCUUAUUUUAUGUGUCUUUCCCGCUGAUGUUGAUAUUGCAACAGUUGAGUCAAUCGCAUUAGCACGUAAAGUAGAUCCAGAAGGAAAACAAACGAUUGAUGUGAUAACGAAAUCUGAUCGUGCUCCCGAUCCGAAUAGGCUUAUAGAACUACUGCAAAUGGAUAAGCAUGAUGUACGCCAUUUAAAAUUAGGUUUCGUUACCAUUCGGAAUCGUAGCACAUAUGAAAAUAUUUCCUUAGAGGAUGCACGCAAACGAGAAAAAGAAUUCUUUAAUCAACAUCCAGCAGCAAGUGUUAUUGAUCAAAAUCGUCUUGGCAUUGAGGCACUUAUUAAUUGUUUGGCAACUUUAUAUUCCCAACGUGUUAAAGAGACAUUUCCAAAAAUGCAAUACGAAAUAGAAUCUCAAUUAAGAAAAGUCCGUGAACAACUGUCGAAACUUCCGCCAUGUUUAAAAACCAAUGAAGAACGCUUAGCAGCAUAUAAUGAAUUAAUUGACGUUUAUGUCGAAACAAUUUUAAAAGUCGGGCUUACGGAUUCAAAUCAUAGUAAACAUACAAGUAUGGUUAAUAGCUUGCAUCAAAAUUUUAUUAAGUACAGAAAUAUCAUAAGAGCACAACGAAAUGAAUUGUUCACUGAUCAGUAUCUUUUACAAGUUAAAGAACGAUUAUCAAAAAUUGGCGGAGAAGGACUACCUAAUUUUCUUCCUAUUUCUAUACUAAAAGAAUUAGUAUGUGAGAAGCUUAAUCAACUGUGGGAAGUUACAAAUACACUCACUAAUGAUUGCUUUCGUGCAACAAUCAACCAGCUGUUGCAAGCAGAAAGCGAUGCAUGCAAGGAUAAUUUUUUGUUCCUAAAAAUAGUGCAUAUAUUUCGUGCUGUUUCCAAGUCAUAUAUCGAUGAAACGAGAAAAGAAAGAUAUGAUCAACUGAGAGCAUUGGUAGAACUGGAACAAAAUGAUCCAUACACCAUUAACACAUAUUAUAUGGAUAUAAUCGAGAAAUAUAAAGAAUUAUCAAUACAAAAUUCCACGAAUAAAACGCAAACAGCUGUUGCCAAAAUAAUAGUUCUUGGAGAUGAUGAUGGUGAAGAUCUUGAAGUAACAUAUAAGACAUGGUCGGUUGAAGAUCAGUCAGUGCAACAAAUGUUAAUUAGUAUGCAUUCAUACUGGCAGAUGAUUACCAAACGCUAUAUGGAUUAUGUUACAUUAGCUAUUCGUGACAGGAUUGUCUUUAGUAUAUGUGCUAAUAUCAAACAGCGUUUACGGCAGAUUCCAGCUAAAAAAGAUUAUAAGAUUGAUAUUCAUGAAGCUCUUUCCAAAGAUUUUGCCACUCAGAAUAGAAGAGAAAAAUUAGAAGAGACAGAAAAAAGAUUAAUGAAGGCUUCUAGCACACUUCGUGAAGCUGAAAAAACGCUCGUUAAUGAUGAUUAG